AUGUACGCGCUGACGUUCUUCUUCGCGAAUUUCAGGCCGAACGAGACAACGUUUGUGGUGCCGGCGGAGAUAUUUCCUGCGAGGCUGAGGUCGACGUGCCACGGGAUAUCGGCGGCGGCAGGGAAGACGGGGGCGAUAAUAGGGGCGUUCGGGUUCUUGUAUGCGGCGCAGCCAAAGGAUCCGAGCAAAAGGGAUCACGGGUAUCCGGCGGGGAUAGGGAUAAAGAACACGCUGAUCGUGCUGGGAUGCGUCAACUUGUUAGGACUGUUUUUCACUUUCUUGGUGCCGGAAGCCAAGGGGAAAUCGCUGGAGGAGAUGUCGGGCGAGAACGAAGGCAAGCAGACGGUACAAGGCGAUGGAUCCAACAGGACUGUGCCGGCUUAG